AUGGAAAAGACCCUGAGUGACCACCUGCUGCACACCUUGGAGAGCCUGGUGGCCUAUGAUCUGGAGAGGUUCAAAUUCAAACUGCAAAAUGCUAACUUGGAAAAAGAUAGAGAUCGCAUUCCCCAAGGGAGGCUUCAAAAUGCUACUGGGCCAGUGAAGCUUGCUGCCCUUCUGGUCAACUAUUAUGGGGAAAAAUAUGCUGUGAGGUUGACCCUGCAGGUGUUGCGAGCUAUCAACCAAAAUCUCCUGGUGGAGGAGCUCAGCAAAGCAACUAACUCAGAAUGCUUGACUCAAGAGUGUGUCACAGAAAUCUCAGGAACCUCUGUUUUCUUAAAGGAAACAGAAUCUAAGAGCCUGAUAAUGGAGAACACAGAUGCUGAUUUGCAGGGCCCAAAUGAAGUUGGCACAGCUGGGCUUGAGAUUCCAGUAACAUCCAUGCAGUUGCAUCCUGGGCAAGAAUGUCAGAAAAAAUCCCAGGAGGAAUGGGAAGCUCAGAAGACUUUAAAGGGCUCACAUCUGACUGAGAUUCAGGAGAGACAAAGAAACCAGACUGUGAAUACACCUCCCAAAAGGACCCAGCUAACAGUCUGUACUGUUUCUUCAGGAGACAAAGAACCUUCAUCUCCAGAAGAUGCUAUGACUUUAGAGGACAAGAGAGAUGGGACUCUAGAAACAAUUGUUACCUUAAAGACAGUGGAAGCUAGAAAUCCAGAUGCAGCUCUGGUUCCAGAGAGCAGCAGAUAUGAGAAUUCAGAAGUUGCUGUCACCUUAGGGCAAAAAGCAAACAGGAAUCAAAAGCUCUUUUUCUUGGAAGAGAAGAGAAUGGAGAAGCAAGGAUUUCGUGUAUCUUUAGGAGAGCAAAACCACCCAAAUCAAAAAUCCACUGAUAAUUGCCAAGACCCUGGGUCCCAGGAGGAAAAGAGAGCUGGGAAUAUGGAUACUUCCAUGUCUUCAGGAAAGAAAGAACUUGAGGAUCCUGGAAACCACUAUUUAAAAGAAGCUUGUGAAGAUGAGCUGACCCUGAGCAGUACACCCAUCAAAGCCUUCAGCGUCACGAGGAUCACAGGAGCCCCUGUCAGAGCAGUGUCCCUGAGGGGAAUGAAGGAGUCAUGUUCUAUAUGUCAGGAUAUGGUGGGAAAACCAUCAAGAAAUUCCUGUAGACACUACAUCAGAUAUUAUCACAAUGUUGGGUGUAAUGUGUGUCUCAAAUGCCAGGCCAUGUUUCCUAAGAAUUUCCAACAUAGCAAGAGCCUAGGAAACAUACCCACUGACUUCCAGAAAUCAAUGCUAAGCCCUGGUUCUGAGCCUUGCUGUGAAUACCACCCAAAGCAACUCCAACUGCUGUUCUGCAAAGAUCAUGGAAAAACCAUUUGCCUCAACUGCAGUAUGUCCCCGGAGCACAAAGGUCACCGAAUACUCUCCAUCCAGGAAGCUGCUCAGAUUUACAAGGAACAACUUCAGAGCCGCUUGGAGCAUCUUAAGAAAGUAAGAGAAAUAGCUGAAGAGAAGAAAUCACAAGGCAAUGAGACAAUGGCAGCCUUCCUGAGCAAGACAGAAACUCAGAAGGAGCAGAUUAUGUCCCAAGUGAUGCAGCUCCAUCAGUUUCUAGCAGAACAAGAGCAACUCUUCCUGGCCUGGUUGGAAGAACUAUCCAGAACCAUCUUCAGGAGCAAGACAGAGUACAUCAACAAAGCAUCCCAGGAAAUCUCCCUUCUUGAAGAGCUAAUGGAGAAGCUGGAAGCAAAACAGAAACAGCCAGCAUGGGAACUCCUGCAGGACAUCAGAGUCACCCUGAUGAGGGCAGAAUGGGUGACUCUCCCUAAGGAGUGGGCUGUGUCUCCUGAGUUGAAAGAGAAAAUUCACGUUCUCUUCUGGAAAUCAGAGUGUAUGCAGAAGAGCAUGAGGCAUUUCAUGGAGAGUCUGCAAUCAGAAAUGGAAACAUUCAAAGUUGUACAGCUGAGAGAAGUCCAAUUACAUACAGCUAAUGUAACUCUGGACCCAGAAACAGCUCAUCCCAAACUUAUCAUAUCUGAUGAUCAGAAAAGUGUGAGACUUGGGAAGAAAUGUCAAAAGUUGCCUAAUGGCCCACAAAGAUUUGAUAAUUCUGUUAUCGUUCUGGGAUCUCCAAGUUUUGUCUCGGGGAAACGGUAUUGGCAGGUAUACGUGGGAGACAAGACUAUGUGGAUAUUGGGAGUUUGCAAAAAUUCUGUGAACAGGAAGGGCAGCACGGCCUUUUCACCAGGAAAUGGAUAUUGGUUGGUAAUGAUGACAAAAAAGAAUGAGUACAGUGCCUCCACCAUUCCACCAACCCCUCUUUAUUUAGGGGAGCCCCCCAGAUGUGUGGGAAUUUUCCUGGACUAUGAAGCUGGAGAUAUUUCCUUUUACAAUGUGACUGCCAAAACCCACAUCUAUACCUUCCCUUUCUCCAGUUCUUCCUCUGAACCUCUCCGACCUGUCUUCAGCCCUGGUAUGCUUGAUAAAGGCAAAAAUACAGAUCCUCUGACCAUCUGUCCAGGGAGUACGUAG